AUGGCAUCGUUCACGCCCCGCCGCCGUGGAGUCCGGGCUGCAUGUGACCGAUGCUACGAGCUCAAAGCACGGUGCGAGCGUGCGUCAAUAACUUCCACCUGUGCCAGAUGCGACAGGUUGGAUCAAGCUUGUCUGACUGUGCGUCCACUGCGACAGGCGGGUCGACGGCCACAUCGGCGAGAGCAUUCGGUCUCGCAAUCAACAUCAAGCCAGUCAAGCACGAGCGCUGGGUCUCAACGCGGUGUCGGUGCCUGGCUGCGGGAUAUUCCUGACCUAUGCCCGGAGGAGAGGGAAUUGAUGACGUUUCUUCUCUACCAACCCCAAGCCCUCCAGUUGUAUGUGGUUACUCCCAGCUUUGAAGAUGCUGAGCGACGGUCAUUUGAAGCUCCGCUGCCGAGCGCUUUGCCAGUACUCAAAGAUGCCUAUCUCGCAUAUGCGGGGGGUUUGAAAGCAUUUCACACCGCCAAAUCGAUGGAAGUGAAUGUGGAUGCGAAUCUCCGCCACGCAUCCUCCGCCAUGAGAACACUGCGCAUGCUACCGGUGGCUGGUCCAGAUGAUGCGGCAUUAUGUCUGAACCUGGGGAUCACAUUGGCACUGUAUGCCUACGCAGCGGUUGGCGUUGGCGUACCUGAGAUCUGCCGCUAUUGCCUCAAUACAGCUAGGCCUUAUAUUCAGAACGUCGUGUCGAUGCCUGAGACCGAGGAUCAGCUCAUAUUUCUUGUAUUACUGGAGACCAUGGACUGUGUUGCCCAACGCCGGAAGCCGACGCUGAGGAUCGAGUCACCGCCCGCAGCGGGAGUGAAUCGCCACUUGGGACUUUGCCUCCCAUUGCUUCCAUACUAUUAUGAUCUGUGUGCUAUCAGCCACUCGCUGAUUGAUGCCAGGAACGCUAGAUUUGUAUCCACACUGCAUCAGCAUCUCGCGAGCAUCCAGGCAACUUUGAAUGCAUGGCAGCCAUCCACACCGGAGCAUUUCGUCAAGGAAUUCUCGUCGGUCGAAGUGGUCCACCUCUUAGCCCAAGCCAGGGUAUAUCGACUGGCAGCGCUGCUGAUAGCUCACCGGCUGCGACACAAAUUUGGACAGGAGGACGAUCAAGCGGAUAUUUGGUCGCGCGAGGUGUUGAUGGAAUUGGAGCUUGCUCGACGAACAACUCAGCGAUCGAUUCGGUUCGUUACGCUGCCCUUUAUUGUUGCCGCGAUCGAGAUUCGGGAUCCAGCGGCACGAACCAAGGCAGUCCAGGACGUGGACGAGUAUGUUGAUCGAUUUAUGCCGGCCGUGCAAGAGGCAACCAAGAUAUUUUUAUCGCGGAUCUGGCGUGAGCGGGAUGCUCAGGAAAUAUGCUCUUGGUUUGAUUCGGUUCACAAGCCAUGCAUCAUAUUAGAGUCUCUCCGUGAUUCUAGCCGAGAGUCUGAGGCUAUCAAGAAGAAAAAAAGGGCCAAGGCAAGAGGGCUGAUGUGGGAAACUUGA